AUGGAAAAUACAAAUAACAAACAACGUACCCCAAGUAGAUGCAGAGAGUGGGAGCGUCAAAGAAGAAAUAGAUUUAAUGAAGCAAUAACCAAAUUAGGCGAAGUUGUCAAAGAAAUGAUAAAAAAUGACACAAAAUCUGAAUCAGCAGAUAAUGUACAAUAUCCCAAAAUAGAAAUAGUGCAGAAAGCAAUUUUGUGUCUAACUACUUGUGCUCAAGAAAAAACACAACUUAAAGCUGAGAUAUUGGCCUUGCAAGUAAAACUUGACGCUGAAAAAAAUAACAAACCUGAUAAAAAAGAUGCAUGUAUUCAGGUAUCUGCUGUAGUCUGUAGAAAGAAGAAAAAUGGCAAAUACGUUAAAUUAGUAAUGUUGCAAAAGUCAAAAAAAAAAUCAUUAAUAGAUAAACCCUUAUUAACAGCAAAUGAUGUUCCUAACAAUAAGGCUGAAAAUAAAUCCCCACAAGAAACCAUUACAAACAGUAAAACAAUGCAAAAAUUGCCAAAGUUGUUACCAUUAACUAAUAAUAUCAAUACUAAAAAAGGUCUAGAAAAUGCUAUAAUGAUGUUCUCAGGAGCACCGUACAUGCUUCCACAAAGGCCAUUUUUAUUUCCAGCGAUACCACCUGCUAUAAUUUUCUUGGAUCCAAAUUUUCAACAUAUAAACAAAACAACAGCAAUUCCUAUUGUAAACAGAAAUAUUGGAGAUAUGACUAAAACUACUAUGGGGCCGAUUAUGGAGCCGAAACCAAAUCCUUCUAAGCAAAAUAUGAGCAACGACCUGACAUUUCCUAACUAUGUGGGAAAUCAAAUAUCAGCUGGCAGUCAGUAUCAACCGGAAUUCUUUAAUACCCACCUCAUGCCGACGAACAUGCAAAAUGUAAAUAUAGAUCGGACCCUUACUAGUUUUCCACCAACGUCGCGCGCCAACUUUAAUCUAAGUACAAUAUUUCCAGAAAUAACCAUGAAGGUGCAA